UGUUCACCAACCUUAAACACAGACGAAGAAGAAACCGUCACCGUCACCGUCUUUUACUGUCUAUGCACCGGAGUGACAGAGGUGCUGGACAGAGAUCAGACCGUCAUAUCGAUCAUGAGUGGCCCGUGUUUUGUGAGAACGGCAGCCAGAAGUUUCGCCGGUGGAUCAGGACUCUUCAGACAGACUGUUUGCUGUUCAAGUAAAGAGACGGUCACACGAAAAAUGUCAUCCAGGAGACAAACUGACCAUCUAGAAAGAACUGCUAGCGUUCAUAGAGAAAUGGAACUUUUCUCUGCACGUGUUUGUGACAUUAUGAAUGAAUCUGAUUCAGUGAAGAGACUGAGACUGGAGGUGUCACAUCCUGACUUCAGCUUUCGUGCUGGACAGUGGGUGGAUUUCUUCAUCCCAGGUGUGGAUACAGUGGGUGGCUUCUCCAUUUGCUCGAGUCCUGGCCUGCUGAAGAGAGAGGGAGUGAUUGAAUUGGCUGUUAAAAACACACGCCAUCCUCCAGCUCACUGGAUUCACACUAAAUGCUCUGUGGACUCUCAGGUAGCUGUGAGGGUGGGGGGUAACUUCUACUUUGACCCUCAACCUUCUGACCCCGUGGUGGACCUGUUGCUGAUAGCCGGUGGUGUUGGGAUCAACCCUCUGUACUCCAUCCUGCUGCACGCAGCUGAUCUGCUUAGACACACUCAUGCUCACAGGUGCGCUCCAGGGCACACACACUUGUGCUACAGUGCAAGGAACUCAGAAGAGCUGCUCUUCAAGAACACCAUUAUUGAUAUUUGUCAUGAGCGACCAGAUAAAUUCUCCUGCGAUUUCCAUGUUACCCAACAGAGCUCUGACACAGAGCAGGAACUUCAGCCUUACACCAUAAAUGGAAGGAUAUCAGAAGAGGAACUUAAGCGCCAUGUAGAUCCUGAGCACACAUUGUGUUAUCUUUGUGGCCCUCCUCCUAUGAUAGAGAAAGUUAAUUCAGACCUGCAGAAAGUCGGCCUAUCCGAGGACAGAAUCCUUUUUGAGGUGGUAGCACUACAACUCAGAUCUUCACAGUGAUGGAUGCAUCUGCGUCAUCAUAGAAACAGACUGUAAUGGUAAUGGACCAGUAAAGCCUUUGAGAUCAAUUGAAGCGCACAACAGACGCUAUGUCUGCAUUCUCCACAUUUAAAGGAAUGGUUCUCCCAAAAAUGAAAAUUCCCCCAUGAUUUUCUAACCCUCAAGCUAUCUUAGGUGUAUAUGACUUUUUUUCCUUCCGAUGAAUACAAUCAGAGUUAUAUUUCAAAAUGUCCUGGCUCUAUUUAUAAGCUUUAUAAUGGCAGUAGUUCAGUAGAAGUCCGAUAAAGUGCAUCCUUUCAUCAUAAAAAAGUGCUCCACAUGGCUCCGGGGGGAUAAUAAAGGCCUGCUAAAGCCAAUCGGUGUGUUUUUGUAAGAAAAAUACCCAUAUUUAAACUUUACAAACCUUAAUCACUAGCUCAGAAUCUCUAAUCUCGGAAGCAAAGAGGAGAGAGCAAAACAAACAAAAGGAUUACGAAUUAGAAGUACAAAAAGAAAAUUUGUAUAGAAAAAUGUGAAGAUUUCGAUAUAAGCCAAGAUGAGUCUGGUUUUCCUUUGCUAAACAAUGGAAUCUUUGCUUCCUUUGCUUCUGUAAACAAACCUCGGUUCUUGUGAGACUAGCAUCUUGUUAGUUGAAGCUGUUUAUAAAGUUUUAAAUACGGAUACAUCGAUUCGCUUUAGGAGGCCUUUAUGGGUUAAAUUCAGAGCACAAAGAGUAUGGGUCACCAUACUUGGCUGAAUGUCACGUCACUUGUCACUUAAAGUGUGGAGCACUUUUUAUGAUGGAUGGACACAGUUUAUUGGACCAUUGAGUAUCACCACCCAUUCGCUGCCAUUAUAAAGUUUGGAAGAGCCAAACCAUUUUUUCAAUAUAAAUCCAAUUAUUUGUCUGAAAGAAGAAAGUCAUAUACACCUAGGAUGGCUUGGGGGCGAGUAAAUCAUGGGGUUUUUGUCAUUUUUGGGUGAACUGUGCCUUUAAACAAACAAUUCUCUAGACACUGUCCUAUUUAUUUAUUUUUUUUGUUAUACCUCAUUUUAAAGAUAAACUCAACAAAUUGACCAUAACCAGCUCUGUAACGCUCUACAUUAUAGUUCAUUUGCUGGUUAAUGGCAUAGCGUCCUGCUUCAAGGACAUCAUGAAAGAUUGCACACUCAGAUUGCAUUGGGUGUUUCAGAUAUCUGUGUAUAAUGUUGUAAUAUGUUGUUUGCAUUUUAGAACACAUAUUUAUUUAGUAAAACUUUUGGGGGCAUGGAAAUGAUCAGAGUUAUGCAAAAAAAAAAAAAAAACAUUUCUGCUCAUGAAUAUAUUCUUAAUUUGUUUAAAGAUGCUAAAUAUUAAAUUAAAUUAUUCCAUCCCAAUUGUAUAAAUCUUCUGAUAAAUUAAAAUUGAGAUUUUUUGUCAAAUAAUUUAUUGAUCCAUAUAAUACAAGUGGAUGGAACCCUCAGAAAAGUUGAUGCUUCAAAAACCACACCUAGUGACCAUGACAGCGCUCAUGUGACCCCAGCGGAUGAAUCGAUGUCUUCUGAAGCAAAACGAUGGGUGUGUGUGAGAAAUACAUUAUAACUUUUUUAACUAAACCAUAGUUUCUGGCUAAUGUUUUCAUCCACUUUCAUUUUAUGGACCCACAGAGAUAGUUUAAAAAAAUCUGUUGUGUUCCACAAAAUAAGGAAAGUCAUACAUGUAGGAUGGCAUUAGGGUAAAAGAAAAAUGAAUUGUUAUUUUGAGGUGGAGUAUCAUAGUGUCAUAUAUUGUGUAUUCUAAUUUCAAAUCAUGCAGAAACUUAUUUUAGCCUUGUCCAGCCAAGUGAUUGACCCCUUUUUUUAACUGAAAGGCAGGACUACAGACUACAUUUUAUAAUCUAAACUCAUAAACUAUAACUAUCUCCAGUUUCACAGGAAGGAUGUUUUUAAAAAGUUGGAUUGAUGAAUAAGAUCUUUACCACUAAUACUGCUGAAAUGUUUCGAUAUAUUUGUAAAGUCACAAAAAAACCCACACUGAAAACACAAGAAAACGGCGAGCUGUUUCUGUAAAUGAUGUGCUUUUAAUUUGCGUGAGAAGUCAAUUAUUGAGAGCUUUUAUUUACACCAUUAACUGUUUCACAGAUGUUCAUUUACUGUUACUUUAUACAUUUAGACAUUAGUUACUACCAUCCUCACUAAUAUAAAUAAAUGAAAUAACUGAUGUAAUACUUA